AACCCAAGCGCGUUAGCCUGCCGGCGCGCGCUCCCGUCAACUAAUUCAUUGUAUCGGGCAGAAAGAGGAGGAAGCAGCGAACGACUGGGGCUGACUGUAAAGCCGCUUAGCUUCGACAAAUACUGAAAAACCCGACCGCUCGACACGUAAACUGAAGGGAUGGCAGCCAUCCGUAAGAAGCUGGUGAUAGUUGGAGAUGGAGCUUGUGGGAAGACCUGCCUUCUUAUAGUCUUCAGCAAGGAUCAGUUCCCUGAAGUCUAUGUUCCCACAGUGUUUGAAAACUAUGUUGCUGACAUCGAGGUGGACGGCAAGCAGGUGGAGUUGGCUCUCUGGGACACAGCAGGUCAGGAGGACUACGACAGGCUGAGACCCCUCUCCUACCCAGACACUGACGUCAUCCUCAUGUGUUUCUCCAUAGACAGCCCUGACAGCUUAGAAAACAUUCCUGAAAAGUGGACCCCGGAGGUCAAACACUUCUGCCCAAAUGUCCCCAUCAUCCUGGUAGGAAACAAGAAAGAUCUACGUAAUGACGAGCACACACGCCGAGAGCUGGCCAAGAUGAAACAGGAGCCGGUAAAGUCGGAAGAAGGCCGGGACAUGGCAGGGCGCAUUGCAGCUUUUGGUUACAUGGAGUGCUCUGCAAAAACUAAGGAUGGAGUACGGGAGGUUUUCGAGAUGGCCACCAGGGCAGCGCUCCAGGCCCGUCGUGGGAAGAAGAGCAAUAAAUGUGCACUGCUGUAAAAGGGCAGACAUAUUUGGACUGUUUUCGUCCUGGGCUGUUACACCCAGGGAUAGGGCUCAGUGGGGAAGGAGGGAUUACUAGAAAGACAGGGAGGGAAGGGGAAAUAAAGACUGCAGUACAUGACUACCGCUGUAAACUGGCUGUUUGUUGGACUCUAUUUACCCUAGGACUUGGGUUUAGGAAGGAGGGAGCAAAGGAACUGACUACCGCUGUAAAGCAUCGGGCUCUUCACCUGUGUGUGUUUCAUUGGGGCGGGAGAUUAACACCAGCUACCAGCCAAGAGUUGGUUAUAUUUGGUCUUUUUUUUCUGUUUUGCAAGCCACUGACACUGAUUGAGAAAUCCCAGUCCACUGUCAGACUGGUUAAACUUGGUUUUUAAGCAGACUGGAGUUAAAUUAUUUACUAGGAGACGAAUAUUCAGGUUUUAGUUUGGAUUUAGGGCUGAAAUUGGAUCGCCCCAAAGAUUUCAGAUGAUGCAGGCAGCAAACCAGAGCAGUAGUUCUCAAUUUGCUUUUUGAAUGCAGUGACAAAAUUACUUGAACUGGGUAUAACACCAGUGAACAUUAGCUGUCAACAGGACUAUCCCAGAUCUUUCUGUAAGAUACCAAAUGAGCAGACUGGCUAGUUUAACCUAGCGUGCUCCCAUGCUCAUACCUCUGUUGCUUGAUUCUCUCACUGGGUCUAAUCCUGUGCUCAUAGACUCUGAGACAAACACUUUGAGGUUUAGCCUGGCUAGGAUAAUCUACAGGUGACCUGUUAAUACAUGCUUCAUCCCAAAAAAAAAAAAGCAAGCUCCAUGCUGACUGUGUUGUUUCAAGCUGUUGGCAACGUCCAGAAGAUCACUGGAAAAUUACUUGUGGCCAUGCAUCGCAAGUAAACACAUGCUGGCCUUUACUGCUCCUGGUGUAUUUACUUAGAGAAUGUAUUCAGCCAUUAUUUGCAUGCUCUUUUUACAUUUAAAUCUGUUCGCCUGAAUCAGUGGAAGUGGCAGAGAAAACCUUGUCCCGAUGGACAACAAAGGUGGCUUCCUGCCCUGCAUAGCGGGGGCCUGACCGGCUUCAAUCCCUUCCUGUUCCACUUAGCUGACUGCUGGUGCUCACCUUGCCCUGACUUUUAGACCAGGACAAAGAACAAGGCGAGGGAGGGAGGGUGGGUGGGUUAUAUUGUUUACAUGCACAAAAAACUGAUUCUCUGUUUUGGGAUGAACACUGAAAUCCUUGUGUGUUGGCAUGUAAAAAGGUUGACCGUAAAAUGACAAUUCAUUUUCGAGAGGAAGUAAGGUGCCUCUGAUGGACGGUCAUUAACAUGUUUGACUUAGAUUGGUAAACCGCUUCCAUUUUUGUUUUUUGUUUUUUUUAGCACAGUGGAAAACGAUGUGUAAUAAAAAGCAAAAAAAAAAUGUUUAUCUGUAAUAUUUUAUAUGGGAGCGUCAGCGUUGUUGGGUUGGCCAGCCAGAUGGAUCUUGUUAAUGCCAUCUUAAGUGUCUGUGCAGUUAAAGAGUUAACCGUCUGCAGUCUAUUUUAUUUUAUUUUUUAGGACCUUUUCUGAAAAGAGGUGUGGCCAGUCUUUAUUUGGCUUAAUCAACAAGGUUAUUUGUGUUUUUAACUGGCAGAUUCAGGGUCUCUUGGCAGCAUUAUACCCUCCUGUUCUUCUUCCUGGCCUACUGGGUGGAGCCUGUUCCUGAAACCAGUCUUGUGUUGAAUUAUAAUUUUAUUUCCAACCCCCCCCCCUUAUUUUUUUUAAGUCAUAAACAUGUCUAUCAGUAUUUAAGAAAAUAGGAGGUGGAAGUCUAGGGAAUCACUCAUGUUGCUUAAGUUGUUUUUUUUUUUUUCCCCUUCUUGGCGCUUUACCGGUAUUGUUCUGAUGAUUUACAAAUCAUUUUUCUUUUUUUUGUUAGAUUUUACUCUUGAUUUUUAAUUCCUGAUUUUUCGAAUGCUGAAGCAGUAAACAAAGGAACAGAAAAUAAAAAACAUGCUGUAUGCAAAGUCUGUAAAUAUGAAAAGGGGUUUGUUCAUACUAGACUAUACACACGCACAUGACUGGAAUCUAUUUGUAAACUAGCUUUGGUUUGUGUAAUAAAUUACUUUCUAUAACACCCA